CCCACCUCGCCUCGCUCCCCUUCCCCAUCAUCUCAUCUCACACCAAAAACGAAUCAGCUCGUCUCCUUCCUCCGCCUCCGCCUCCGCGAGCUCCCAUUCCAUUCCCGGAUUGCGCCGCCGCCGGUGUUGCAGCAGCCAUGGGGAUGGGGCCACUAGAGAACGCCGUGGUGGACGCGGCGGCGGAGGCCGUGGCGGCGAAGGCCGCGGUCGGCGGCGUGGGCGUGGGGGGUUCGUACGCGGUGCUGCAGUGCGGGGAGGACUCGGAGUACGUGAGGAAGGCGUACGGGGGCUACUUCGAGGUGUUCAGGGCGCUGCUGGCGGAGGACGGCGAGCGGUGGCGGGUGUACCGCGCCGUGCGCGGGGAGCUCCCCGGGGAGGAGGAGGCCGCGGGGAUCGACGGGUUCGUCAUCUCCGGGAGCUGCAGCGACGCCCACGCCGACGACCCGUGGAUCGUCGCCCUCGUCGACCUCAUCCGCCGCCAGAACGCCGCCGGCAAGCGCAUCCUCGGCGUCUGCUUCGGCCACCAGGUCCUGUGCCGAGCGCUGGGCGGCAAGACGGGCCGAUCGAAGAAGGGCUGGGACAUCGGCGUGAACUGCAUCCACCCCACCGCGGCCAUGGCGAGGCUCUUUUCGCCGAUCAAGCUCCCCGUCCACAUGCCCAUCAUCGAGUUCCACCAAGAUGAGGUGUGGGAGCUGCCUCCUCAGGCCGAGGUGCUGGCGCGGUCGGACAUGACCGGCGUCGAGAUGUUCCGUCUCGGCGACCGCGCCAUGGGCGUCCAGGGCCACCCGGAGUACAGCAAGGACAUCCUCAUGAGCAUCGCCGACCGUCUCCUCCGGAACGAUCUCAUCCUGGAUCACCAGGUGGAUAAGGCGAAGGCGAGCUUCGACUUGCGGCAACCAGACAAGGAUCUGUGGAAGAAGGUGUGCAGGGGUUUUCUGAAGGGGAGGCUUCAGUCAUCGCAGCAGCCGCAGCAGCAGCAACAUCAGAAGCAGCAGAAGGCGGCGCAGCUGGUGCUAUAGUAAACAAGAUUAGUGAGUGAGAUCAGAUGGGGGCAUUGGGGAGCCUAGAUUAAUCCUUAUUUUCUGCUUCAGAUUUGUACAGGAAAAAAACUAUUUAUUCGGAGCAAUAAUAAGAGAGUAAUUGGGGGUGGCCUAAUUAGCAAAAUCCCAUUUGCCAA